GUUUUUGUUUGCGUUGCUUGGUUUCUGGUUUCGCCAUUUUGGUUUGAUCUUUUUGUGGUGUUAGGAGGUAGUCAAACGCGUCGCCUCUGUUUCUGCGAUUCCAGCCACAAUUCCAGCAGAUCAAACAGCACAAUGAAUACUGAUAGUACCAGUUCCGAAGAUGAAUAUAAUCCUUCCAAUAGACAAGGUAAUUUGAGAACGGCAAGAAAAUCCACCACUGGUUCGCAGUCACAAUCCAGGUCUAGUAGUUCCUCAAGUAGAAGGCAAGCAGCUAAGAGAGCAUCCAAGGCCAUUUCGGCAUCGGCUUCAUCCACCUCAACUUCGACCUCUUCUUUCGAAAAGACAAUGGAAACGUUCAAUCCAGAUCUGAGCCAAAGGGAGAAGAGGAAGAUUAUUAAAAAGUUUCAGCCCCCAGUUGUCACCACUACUCGUAAACCUCUAGGAGCUGUUUACGAUGAAUAUGGUACACAUAUGUCAACUAACAUUAACAUGUGCGAUUGUUUGGAUAUAAAAUGCGCAGGAUGCUUUUUCGAAUGCCCCAAAUGUGGAAGCGAAAAGUGUGGCAAGGAAUGUAGAGUGCAUCGGAACUAUAUAAUAGAUUGUAUGGAAUAUCAUGGUCGCGAGAAAAUUGUGAAAAAUCCUCUGCUGAGGAAGUAAGGAAUUGAAUAGGUGCUUCUACCUUUCCACUUUACAUUUAAUUUGCCAAUUAUUGUUUGAUGUAUGAUUUGUUACAUUUAUCUUUAGAAUUAUGUUACUUGUAUUGUGUUUAGUCACAAAAUAUUAAUGUCUGUAAAUAAACAAAAAUGUUAAUGCUA